UCCUUGUGACCCACUAAUUCCAGCCUGCUGACUGGACCACGCCCCUCGCAGAGGAAACCUCCCCAGUUCCCAGAGGACUCAGGUGGCCCCAAGAAGAAGCUGCUGACCUGGGAGGGCAGAGGCUGCCUGCAGAGACCAGGGUGUUAUAAGUGCUUCCCCCUCCCCGCAAGACUCCAGAUCUUCCAGAGGCAUCAUGGCAGAGGAGGUGGGCACGUUCCGCCUGGUCCCGGAGGAGGAGCAGGAGCUCCGUGCUCAGCUAGAGCGGCUCACCACCAAGGACCACGGGCCUGUCUUUGGUCAGUGCAGCCAGCUGCCCCGCCACACCUUGCAGAAGGCUAAGGACGAGCUGAAUGAGCGGGAGGAGUCUCGGGAGGCGGCUGUGCAGGAGCUGCUGGAGCUGGUGCGGGAGCAGGCGGCCUCUGGGCAGGAGCUGGCCCAGGCCGUGGCCGACAGGGUGCAGGGGAGGGACAGCGCCUUCCUGCUUCGCUUUGUCCGCGCAAGGAAGUUCCAUGUGGGGCGCGCCUACGAGCUGCUGAGAGGAUAUGUGAACUUCCGGCUGCAGUACCCCGAGCUCUGUGACAGCCUGUCCCCUGAGGCCGUCCGCAGCACCAUCGAGGCGGGCUACCCCGGGGUCCUCUCCAGUCGGGACAAGUACGGCCGGGUGGUCCUGCUCUUCAACAUUGAGAACUGGGACUCUGAAGAGAUCACCUUUGACGAGAUCUUGCAGGCCUAUUGCUUCAUCCUGGAGAAGCUUCUGGAAAAUGAGGAAACUCAGAUCAAUGGCUUCUGCAUCAUUGAGAACUUCAAGGGUUUUACCAUGCAGCAGGCUGCUGGGCUGCGGCCUUGUGACCUCAGGAAGAUGGUGGACAUGCUCCAGGAUUCCUUCCCAGCCAGGUUCAAGGCCAUUCACUUCAUCCACCAGCCCUGGUACUUCACCACCACCUACAAUGUGGUCAAGCCCUUCCUGAAGAGCAAGCUGCUCCAGAGGGUCUUUGUCCAUGGAGAUGACCUCUCCAGCUUCUUCCAGGAGAUCGAUGAGAACAUCCUGCCCGCCGACUUCGGGGGCACGCUGCCCAAGUAUGACGGCAAGCUGGUGGCCGAGCAGCUCUUUGGGCCCCGGGCCCAAGGCGAGAGCACAGCCUUCUGAGGGUGUCCCCCGUCUCAAGCUGGAGUUAGCACCCCUGGGCCUCUCCUCAGUUGUCCUGGAUUCCGAAUGGACGAGGGGCUAUCUGUGGGGACCAUGGUUCCCUUGAACCUGCCUUAGCUUGGGUGAGCUCAGGUGUCCUCUUCCUGAGUCAGGGGACAAUAAAACAAAGCGGCUCCCAAUGAAUAAGAGUUUGGGGGCAGUUGUAUUCUCUGCCUCUGAAGCUUUAGGCCAGUGGAUGCAGUGGGGCUGAAUUUCCAAGAUCUGAAUCGAACGUCUCACUAAUAUCCUCUGUAACAGAAUUUUGCUACUUAGGGUCUGCGAAAACAGGCAAGCAGGCCGGUUUAAUAUCCCCCUCCCCUCAAUAAAAGGAAGAUAGAAGAUGAGGAUUUAAG